AUGUCUUUAGACGCCCACAUAGAAAGGGUCUUAUGGACCAAGUUCCAAAUCUCAAAACGAGUCACCGAACUUGCCUCUCAAAUCACCUCCGAUUUUUCCUCUCCUUCUCCCCCUCCGCUCCUUGUGGGCGUGGCCACCGGCGCUUUUUUGUUCUUGGCUGACUUGGUCAGGCAAAUCCAACUCCCCAUUUCCGUUGAUUUUAUUCGUGCUGAAUCCUACGGUUCUGGUACCGAGUCCAGUGGGGCUCCCCGCAUUUCCCUCGACUUGAAGCUCGAUGUUAAAGACAAACACGUCAUUCUGGUUGAGGACAUCGUAGACACAGGAAACACUUUAUCCUGUCUCAUUAAACACUUGGAAGCCAAGGGAGCAUCCUCUGUAUCAGUGUGUACGUUCCUUGAUAAACCAGCCAGAAGGAAGGUUCAUUUUGAACUGUUGGGUGAUGGAAAAUAUUACCAAGGAUUUGAGUGUCCAGAUUACUUUGUCGUGGGUUACGGAAUGGACUUUGCUGAACUAUACAGGAAUUUGCCUUAUGUUGGUGUCUUGAAGCCUGAAUAUUACAAUUGA